GGAGAGAAGGGAGGGUGCAGCAGAAGAGUGGAGGAGAGGGAGCAGAAAGAGGGAAAGUGAAGGAGUCAGAAAGAAGAAAAGCAGCCCAGGCUCCUGCUGACAUUCCUCCCACAGCCGGGCUGGAGAAGUUUUCCAGGGAGAAACCCCAUGAUUGUUUCUUUGGGCAAUCAGAAGGCUGCCUGUGAAGGAGAGAGGAAGAAGGAAAGAAGAAAAGGUUUUUGACAGCCUUUCGUGUCCUGCAGGAGAACAUGGACUCUGACUCAGGAGAGCAGAGCGAUGGGGACCUAUCUCCAGGGCAGGAGAGCUUCAACUCUCGCUCGCUGGCUCUGCAGGCCCAGAAGAAGAUGGUGAGCAAGAUGGCCACCAUGGCGGUGGCCAACAUGCUGACGGACGAGACCAGCAGCCAGAUCCUGGAUGAGCUGUACAAGAGCAGCGUGGAGUUCACCAGGAGCAAGAAGGAGGCGCAGAAGAUCAUCAAGGACGUGGUCAAGGUGGCUCUGAAGAUGGGCGUGCUGUACCGCAAGCAGCAGUUCAGCGUUGAGGAGCUGCAGACGGUGGAGCGCUUCAAGAAGAAGAUGAACCAGGCCGCCAUGACGGCCGUGUCCUUCUACCAGGUGGACUACACCUUCGACCGCAACAUUCUCUCCCAGCUGCUGCUGGAGUGUCGGGACCUUCUCCACGCCGUGGUCCAGCAGCACCUGAGCGCCCGCUCGCACGCCCGCAUCGACCACGCCUUCAACCACUUCUCUCAGCUGGACUUCCUGGCGCGGCUCUACGGGGGCGGAGACCAGUACAGACUGUCUCUCGGGAAGAUCUGUGACGGCAUCAACAAGCUGCUGGACGAGGGCACGCUUUAACCUUUCACCUCUGACCUCUGCUUCUUGCAUCGCCUCCUCUUUCCCGUCUCCUGCAUCUGUUGCCAUGGAGACAGUCAGCAUCCUGUCGCCGUGGCCAUGUUGGAUGAAGACUGUUGUCCUCGCCGUGCGUUGUCUACCCGUGUGUGUGUGUGUAUGUGUGUGUUAUUGUGUGUGUGUGUGCGUGUGUGUGUUUGUUAGUGUGUGUGUGCGUGUUAGUGCGUGUGUUUGUGUGUGUGUGUGCGUGUUUGUUAGUGUGUGCGUGCGUGUUAGUGCGUGUGUUUGUGUGUGUGCGUGUGUUUGUUAGUGUGUGUGCGCGUGUUAGUGCGUGUGUUUGUGUGUGUGCAUGUUUGUGUGUGUGCGUGUUUGUUAGUGUGUGUGUGAGUGUUAGUGCGUGUUUGUGUGUAUGUGUGUGCGUGUUUGUGUGUAUGUGUGUGCGUGUUUGUUAAUGUGUGGGUGCGUGUUAGUGCGUGUGUGCGUACACGUGUGUAUGUGUGUGCGUGUUUGUGUGUGCGUGUUUGUUAGUGGGUGUGUGCGUGUUAGUGCGUGUGUUUGUGUGUGUGCGUACACGUGUGUGUGUGUGUUUGUGUGUAUGUGUGUGCGUGUGUUUGUUAGUGUGUGUGUGCGUGUUAGUGCGUGUGUUUGUGUGUAUGCGUACACGUGUGUGUGUGUGUGUGUGCGUGUUAGUGCGUGCUUGUGUGUGCGUGUUAGUGCGUGCUUGUGCGUGUGUGUGCGUGUUAGUGCGUGCUUGUGUGUGCGUGUUAGUGCGUGCUUGUGCGUGUGUGUGCGUGUUUGUUAGUGUGUGUGUGCGUGUUACUGCGUGUGUUUGUGUGUGUGCGUACACGUGUGUGUGUAAGUGUGUGCGUGUGUGUGUGCGUGUGUAAGUUUAGUGUAUUGCUGGUCUUUUAUUAAAGAUGAUUUCCCUCA